CGCGACCUGACCACCCACCGCUCGCCCCUCAUUGCCCCUCCUUCUUGUUUCUCUCUCUCUCUCUCUCCUAUCUCUUUGCCUCAAAGACACAAUGGCGAAGAAACCAGCAGCCUCGAACAAAAGGAAGAGGAACAAGUCGUCACCAAAGUCCUCAUCCUCGACCCAGCAGCAGCCGCCGAUCAGAAUCCCCAAGCAGUUAACAUUAAAACAUCCACUUGCAAAUAUAAAGCUACCCAGAGAGCUACAAAAUCAGCUGUACAAGACUUACAUCUUCCCCUUGACACAAAAGCUGUCAAAUACUUGUAUGAGCACCCAGACCGCGCUAAAGUAACCAGAGAUAUGUACAUAGACACAGUCGACGAGGACGGAAUCAACCACAGGGCGAUAGAUCUACACGUCGAAGUUGAUAUUGGACGGGAGGUGACAACUAAAGAGCGAGCGAGGAUGCAUGGCAGCCGCGAGAGGACCCACAGGGACGAGCGGAAGGGAUGGAGUCGCGCUUCAGAGAACAGAUCC